GCUUGCGUUCGGGGUUUGGUUGUAUCGCUUUGUGAUCCGCCGGGUAUGUUUGAAUCGAAAGGGAACAGAACUGACUCGUAUUCACAUGACGUGAAUCGCUAUACAUUGAUAACGUUUAUAACGCGUCGCUAAGGGCAACGGCGACGAUUUUAUCGGUGUCUCGAUUCUACGUUUAAGUUCGUUUCGGUUUUAAACUUGGAUUGAAUCUGGUAAACAUGGACGUGUCAUUGCAUUUGUGCGUUUUAUCUCUUUGCGCGUUUCUCGUGUACGGAAAGCCCACUGUUAGGAAAGAGCGAGUUCACCAUGAGCCCGAACUGAGCAGACGAUCGCACGAGGACAACCAGAGCCACCAGUACGAUCACGAGGCCUUUCUGGGCAAAGAGGAGGCGACCACUUUUGACCAACUUACCCCAGAGGAAAGCAAAGCCAGAUUGGGGAAAAUAGUUGAUCGUAUUGACGGCGAUGCCGAUGGAUAUAUCACCACUGAUGAACUCAAGGCCUGGAUCAAGAGAGUACAGAAGCGUUACGUCUAUGAGAAUGUAGCAAAGGUCUGGGCUGAUUAUGACCUGAACAAAGACAACAAGAUCUCGUGGGACGAGUACAAGCAAGCGACAUACGGCUACUAUCUGGCCAAUCCUGAGGAGUUUGAGGACGCCACCGAUCAGUUCAGCUUUAAGAAGAUGAUGCCGCGAGAUGAACGCAGGUUCAGAGCGGCAGACAUGGAUGGUGACUUGGCUGCAGAGCGAGAGGAGUUCACUGCUUUUCUUCAUCCAGAAGAGUUUGAUCACAUGAAGGACAUUGUGGUUCUUGAAACUCUUGAGGACAUUGACAAGAAUGGAGACGGUCACGUAGAUGAAGAUGAAUACAUUGCUGACAUGUUUGGUAAUGAAGACAACGGUCCAGAACCAGACUGGGUGAAGACAGAGAGAGACCAGUUUUCAGACUUCAGAGACCUGAAUAAAGACGGGAAGAUGGAUCUGGAGGAGAUUCGCACCUGGAUUCUUCCACAGGACUACGAUCACGCUCAGGCAGAGGCCAGACACUUGGUGUACGAGUCAGACACAGAUAAGGACCAGAUGCUCACCAAAGAAGAGAUUCUUGAGAACUGGAACAUGUUUGUAGGCAGCCAGGCCACCAACUACGGUGAAGACCUGACCAGGAACCACGAUGAGCUAUGAGCCCAACUCAAAGGGAUGGGACUCAGUAAACACAUUAAGGUCUAGUGAGAACACGUGUGUCCUGGCAUCUCUGAAAGCCAUUUCACUGUCAGACUGAUCUCUAUUGCAGCUCUACCUCACAGUCUGGACAUAGAGAGUAUAUGAGGAGAGUAUGGUUUGGAUGCAGGAUGAUGGUCUCUCAGGUGAUGAUUCCUCUGUGUUCUUUUGUCAAGAACGUCUUCUGCUUGUGGUUGAAUAAGCUGCUAAAGCUGAGCCUUUUCAAUCACACUUUUUGUUUGUUUUGUUUGGAAGCAGUCAUAGGAUGACGCCUGUUUUCAUACACAUGCUGCCUAUUUUGGUGUACCAUCAAUGCAUUAAAAAGGACGAGAGAUUAUUGUAUUUAUUUAGAAUUUUAAUGACACAAUACUACUAUGAUUUAUUACAAGCGCUACAUGUAUUACAAUUCGUUUUUACACUUUGUUGCCAAUGCUUCCAUGGAGUCUUGUUUCGCUGCCUCCGAUGCAACAUUAAAUGAACUUUUACUGUA